AAGAACAUGCAGCAUGCUUCCCCUGAAGAUCACACCCACCAAUUUACCAUAAACGAACACACACACACACUCACACACAUUAAACUCUUCAAUUUUCAGCUCUAUAUAUAUCCGUAGGUAAAUCAGAAGGCAUGGGAUCCUCUUGCCAAGAAUCUUCACCACUUGAAGACAUGAAGGUGACCAUCCACGAAACCUCAAUGGUUUUUCCAUCCAAAGAAACCGAGAAGAAGCCCUUGUUCUUGUCAAACAUAGACAAGGUCCUUAAUUUCGAUGUGGACACGGUUCACUUCUUCGCCGCGAACGAGGAUUUCCCUCCGGAGAUCGCGACGGAGAGGUUCAAGAAUGCGCUAGCUGAUGCUUUGGUGGCUUAUGACUUCUUGGCCGGAAGAUUGAAGGUGAACUCCGAAACCAGCAGGUUGGAGGUGGAUUGCAAUGCGGAGGGGGUGGGGCUUGUAGUGGCUUCUAGCAAAUACAAGUUGGAUCAGAUUGGGGACUUGGCUUAUCCUAAUCCAGCUUUUGCACAGUUUGUUCACACGACUAAGGAUUUCACUAAACCUGGUGAUAUUCCAUUAUGUGUUGUCCAGGUAACAUCCUUCGAAUGUGGAGGCUUUGCAAUUGGUUUCACAACCAGCCACACCACCUUUGACGGCCUCAGCUUCAAAACUUUCUUGGACAACCUCGCUGCACUGGCUGCUAACAAGCCCCUGGCCGUGACACCCUGCCACGACAGGCACCUCCUCGCCGCCCGAUCCCCGCCACGCAUCAGCUUCCCCCACCCGGAGUUGAUCAACCUUGAAAGCCUUGACUCUGGAGUCUUCGGAGCCUCCACAGAAAAACUUAUCUUCAAUGUCUUCCGCCUAACCUCCGACAACAUCACCGCACUCAAGGAGAAAGCAAAGAGUACUAACAGCGCCACACGUGUCACGGGUUUCAAUGCGGUCACCGCGCUUUUGUGGAAAUGCAAGGCUCUCUCAGGACCUCAGGAUCCUGAAAGAUCGUCUACUAUUUUAUACGCGGUGGAUAUACGUCCACGGUUGAACCCUCCGCUCCCGAAAUCUUACACCGGGAACGCGGUUUUAACCGCGUACGCCACCGCGAAGUGUGGUGAAUUGGAGGAGGGUUCGUUUUCGAGAUUGGUGGAGAUGGUUGGUGAGGGUGCUGGGAGAAUGAGUGAUGAGUACGCGAGGUCGGUUAUAGAUUGGGGGGAGUUGUAUAACGGAUUUCCCAAUGGGGAGGUUUUGGUUUCGUCUUGGUGGCGGUUGGGGUUUGAGGAGGUGGAGUAUCCGUGGGGGAAGCCAAAGUAUUGUUGUCCGGUGGUGCAUCAUAGGAAGGAUAUUAUAUUGGUGUUUCCUCCUCUUCGCGAGGGUAGCGGCGGUGGCAGUGACAGUGGUGAUGGUGUGAGUGUUAUUGUUGCUCUGCCUCCAGAGGACAUGGAGAAGUUUCAGAGUAUUUUUUACACGUUCUUGAGCUGAGAGACUGGUGGAAAGUUGGAAACUACAUGUUCUCUUAUCAUGUUAUGGUUAUUGAUGUCCUGAAUUACUGAUGAACGGUGCAAUAUGCCACCAUGUUUGGUAUUUUAAUAUAUGAUAUGAUGAUAUGAGCAUUAGUUAAUUUGUAAUUAUAUUUGUUGAGUGUAAACAGUCAUGAGGAAAAUGAGUUCUCAUUGUUGAUUAAUGAAAUGUACGAGUGAUUAUAUUUUAAUGGUGAUCAAGUUUGUGUUGUUCCUGAAUA